AUGGCGGGCGAGACAGUCGCAAGGCUGCAUGUUCAGGUCGCGGGUGAUUAUGCCCAUGGAACGCACGGAGGCACGAUCGAAGUGUGUGGGAACGAGCAGUUCUAUCUUGGGAGGGAUCCAGAGCUCUGUCGUUACUCGUGGAGCGACGACCUCACUAUUUCAAGGAAGCACCUGCGCAUCCAUUGCAUUCUAUAUGAGCAGGACCCAAUUGUUAAGAUCGCCCCGUUCGUUUACGCGACCGAUCUCUCUGCAAAUGGUACCUACCUCCGAAAGAGUAACUCAGAAUACACGGCAUCGCAAGAUGCGGGCAUUUUGAUGGGUCCUAAGAGCACCUUCCUCUUGGAAGACGGGGAUGAGAUACGCAUCUCUGACACCAUCACUUUAGUCUACUACUCCAAUAUACCAGCAGAGCUUGUCAAGUUUACCGCCAUUCAGGAGCGGGAGAGACAAACAUUUGCAUCGCGCUACCUCCUUACUGGGCGUUUGCUCGGCGAGGGCGGUUACGGCAAGGUACUAGUGGGCAUUAAUCAAGAGACACAGCGGCAACUUGCAUGCAAGAUGAUCCGACUGGACAAAAUGUACGACACAUUGGCAAUGUCAAACUUGCAGGAAUCGGAGAGGAAACGACUGCCAAAACGAGUUACCAAUUGCUUUCGCGAGUUCGAUAUUCUCAAAGACCUUGGCCAUCCCAAUAUCAUCGCCAUCGAAAAGGUUUUCCGGAGUAACAACACCAUUUACAUUUUUGAAGAGCUCAUCACGGGGGGUGACCUCUUUUCCUUUAUUGAGUCCAAGGACGGCCGGAUUGAUGGUCUACAUGCUGCGUUUAUUAUCUACCAGGUCUUGAAGGGAAUAGAGUAUCUCCACGAUCAGGACAUCGUACACCGGGACCUGAAGCCGGACAACAUACUCAUGUCAUCUCUUGAACAUGGUGCUCGCGUCAUCAUUACCGAUUUCGGCAGUGCUAGAUUCCUGCCCGGAAAAAACAGCCAAAAUCCUCCACAAAACAACAAGUAUCACCGAAUGUUCUCUUACGUCGGUACCUUGGAGUACACGGCGCCUGAGAUACACCGACUUAACAAGGCAAUCCCAGUCGAUGAUGGCUACUCAAAAGCUGUCGAUAUGUGGUCUAUCGGUUCAAUUACGGCUACUGUACUUACCGGCGACUUGAUGUUCAGUGACCGCAGACACCCGGAGUACGACGCUAACCCUCGCGGAGUGAUCUUGGGUCUCGCAGCUAUCUGUGAUCUUAGUAACCUGGACGACCCUCAUCACCCGUUGUGGGCCAAUAUCGGCUAUCAUCCAAAGGACUUCAUCAAAGGUCUGCUCGUCCUCAAAGAGGAAGAGCGUAUGACAGCAUCGGAGGCUCUAGCGCACGAGUGGUUCUCAUCGUAUGCUGAAGACUUUGAUAAGCUGUAUACGAACGCGACUGCAGAUUGGGGACCCAGAGACCAGAACCUUGAUCUUGUCGAGAUUAUCCCCAAGUCGCUAUAUAACCGCGCUGCAGCUAAUCUCAUCGGCGGUGUUCAGAGUCCAGGCAUCAAUUCACAACACUUCCCUUUACGUCAGUCUCAAAAUACGUAUAGGAUGGUCCAAUCGGCUCAACGAUGGCGUGGAAAAACUCCGUUGCCAUCGAUCAUGCAAGACCAUGAGGUAGUGCAGUUCGCCAGUCAAGUGAAGGCCUCAUCUAACGACGAACGAGGUAUGUAUCAUUUCACUGAAGAUGCAGACGAUGACAGUGAUGGCUUCGAAAAGAGCUUGAACGGGGUUAUGAACGACUACUCACAGCAAGAAUACUACGAACAUCUCCCGCCGCCUCCAGGAUACGACUCUGUUCUAGUGAGCGAGACACCCAUUGACGUGUAUCGCCAAUCGCAGCAGAUUAAAGAUCAUGGUCAAGAUUCCGUUCUGGUUCAAGAGACGCCGCCUGAAUCCCUCUGCCAGCAUGUGUACUUAUCGGAUGAUGAUGUAUCGGUCUGCGAUCUGUGA